AUGAACGCAAAUGGUAAAGAUCUGCUUCGAUUUCCCGAUUGGUCUUCAUCGACGGUGGUGGUGAGUCGGAGGCGAUAUGCUACUGUGGCGAUUCAGUCGGUGGCGGGUCAGCAUCAAUUUCAUAACAUUUUAAGGGAUUGUUGUUGGUGUUCAUCGACGGUCGUGGUGGGUCGGAGUGAGUUUGUGUUCGACCCAAUUAAAUGGCAGCGGAAGCAAAUGAACGAGGACUUCCUUGACCUAUCAAAGAUGUUCAAUGCAGUUAAAUCGCUUGUUCGAGUGCCUUCUGUAGACCCCAAAUAUAAAAUUGCUCUUCUUGCUUCUAAGCAGGACCAUUGUCUUGUUGAUCUACUGCAUGCUUGGCAAAAUGGAAAACUUCCGGUUCAGAUAAGCUCUGUAAUCAGCAAUCAUGAUAGGGUGGGGAAUACCCAUGUGAUGCGGUUCCUUGAAAGACAUGAGAUUCCAUAUCAUUAUCUGUCCAAGUCAAAGGAGAAGAAUGUAGAAGAUGAGAUAUUGGGGUUGGUUGAAGAUACAGAUUUCUUGGUCCUUGCUAGAUACAUGCAGGUGUUGUCUGUAAACUUUUUGAAAAGAUAUGGGAAGGAUGUGAUCAACAUACAUCAUGGCUUAUUGCCAUCAUUCAAGGGAGGAAAUCCAUCUAGGCAGGCAGUUGGGGUCAAUUUGAUUGGUGCCACAACCCAUUUUGUCACGGAGGAGCUUGAUGGGGGCCCAAUCAUUGAGCAGAUGGUUGAGAGAGUCUCACACAAGGAUAAUUUGCUGAGUUUUAUUCAGAAAUCUGAGAAUCUUGAAAAAAAAUACCUUAUGAAGGCAAUCAAGUCAUAUUAGCAUUCUUUGCAUCUGGGCGGUUGGAAGGGUAAAAAAACUGCCAACAUUCUUGUAGUAAUGGCAUCUGCAGCUGCUGCACCAGCCCAAAUAUCCUUGAUUGAUAACUUUUUCAUAAAAUUUCUCAAACAUGCACAGGAUGAUGAUGAUGAUGACGUUUCUCACGAGAAGGAUAUUUAUCUCCAAUUUGGUGUAGUAUUAAGUGAUGUAUCUGCUUUUUUUGUUGAUGGUGACUAUCAUUGGAGUCAACGUUCGUUGACAGGAGGAUUUGGCGGUUCUUCGCAGUCUAGUAUCGUUAGUUUCUUGCCUAUUAUUGAUAAGUGUGGUGUGACUUGUAAGCUUCAACAGGGAGAGGAUAAUGAUAACGAAGGUCUUGUCGCCCUUGGGAUCAAGCUGACUCUGAGGUUGGGUGUGGGAAAUAGGGAAGCUAUUUGGCAGAGGAGAUAUUUCUUAAUCAGAAAGGGCCAACUUCAGGAAGAUCACCUUAUCAACCAAGUCUUUUCAAGAUUUUGUGAAAUUAGGCAUAACCACAGACAAGAUCAGAAACCUACUGAUUUUGAGCUUGAAAUGAUGAAAGAAAGAUUUUCAAAUCUUUUUGUGGGGGAGGAUAUUUUCGAUAGUAGGGACAAAAUUUACUACAUUUAUAUAAGAAGCUUAUGGCUUGAUCAUAUCAGAAAAAGAGGAAGCAGAUGA